AAUAAGAAUCUUCGAGUUUCCCAUUAAAAUUCGGCUUAAGCCAAUCUGGGUUUCCGUCACUGUGGGAAAAAGUUUGCGACUUUGUGGAUUUGGAUUGCUAUUGUUUCAGUGAGUGAUGGGGAAGGUCGCGGUGGGAGCUGCCGUUGUUUGCGCCGUCGCUGUUUGUGCCGCGACGGCGCUGGUGGUGCGCCACCGGAUGAGAAGCUCCGGAAAGUGGUCUCGUGCCGUAGCAAUAUUGAAGGAGUUUGAGAACAAGUGUGGGACCCCAAUUGGGAAGCUUAGACAGGUGGCUGAUGCUAUGGAUGUUGAGAUGCAUGCGGGUCUCGCAUCUGAAGGUGGUAGCAAGCUCAAGAUGUUAAUCAGCUAUGUCGAUAACCUCCCAACUGGGGAUGAGGAAGGACUCUUUUAUGCACUGGACCUUGGUGGCACAAACUUCCGUGUCCUUCGUGUACACUUAGGUGGGAAAGAGAAACGUGUUGUCAACCAAGAGUUUGAAGAAGUUUCAAUUCCUCCUAAUUUGAUGACUGGUUCUGCAGAUGGAUUAUUUGAUUUUAUAGCAGCAGCUCUUGCCAAGUUUGUUGGUUCAGAACCUGAAGACUUUCAUCCUCCCCCUGGCAGACAAAGAGAGCUGGGUUUUACGUUCUCAUUCCCAGUGAAGCAAACAUCAAUUGUAUCUGGGACACUAAUAAAGUGGACUAAGGGUUUCAAUAUUGAAGAUGCAGUUGGUGAAGAUGUGGUGGGACAACUAACCAAGUCCAUGGAAAAAAUUGGUCUGGAUAUGAGGGUUGCGGCUCUAGUUAACGAUACCAUUGGAACAUUAGCUGGAGGCAAAUUUUACAAUCAGCAUGUCAUUGCUGCUGUGAUUCUUGGUACUGGGACAAAUGCAGCAUAUGUAGAACGUGCACAUGCUAUUCCAAAAUGGCAUGGUCUUAUACCGAAAUCAGGAGAGAUGGUUAUAAACAUGGAGUGGGGUAAUUUCCGAUCCUCACAUCUUCCUUUAACAGAAUAUGAUCAAGCUUUAGAUACUGAGAGCUUAAACCCUGGAGAACAGAUUUUUGAGAAGUUGAUUUCGGGCAUGUAUUUGGGGGACAUUGUGAGGAGAGCUUUAUUGAAGAUGGCUGAAGAGGCUGACUUUUUUGGAGAUACUGUCCCUCCCAAACUGAAAGUUCCAUUCAUACUUAGGACACCUGACAUGUCUGCCAUGCACCAUGAUACAACUUCAGAUCUGAAAGUGGUUGGAAACAAAUUGAGGGAUAUAUUAGAGAUCUCUAAUACAUCCCUAAAAAUGAGGAAGAUUGUUGUGGAACUCUGUGAUGUUGUUGCUACUCGUGGCGCCCGCCUUUCUGCUGCUGGUAUUUUGGGCAUCAUUAAGAAAAUAGGAAGAGACACAGUUAAGGUUGGGGAGAAGCAAAAGUCAGUGAUAGCAUUGGAUGGAGGAUUGUUUGAACAUUACAGUAAAUUCAGAAUUUGCUUGGAGAGCACACUGAAGGAAUUGCUGGGAGAUGAGGCAGCUGAGACCGUUGUCAUUGAGCAUUCUAAUGAUGGCUCUGGCAUUGGAGCAGCUCUUCUGGCAGCUUCUCAUUCCCAGUAUUUGGGAGUGGUGGAGGAGUCUUGAAGUUAUUGCUAAGGUAAAGACGUGUAAUACUAGUUUCAAUUUUUGCAUACGUAAUAGAUCAAAACAUUGAAGCAGAGAUGCCUUAGUUACUGGUCCUACAGAGCUUUUUAUCUGAGGUGGGGGUUAUCUAGGAGGGCUCUGUGUUCUUACUGCAACCUUGCAGCUCCUGUGCUGGCAACUGGGGCAUUCAUUAUUUUGGUUGCAGGGUUUAUCUCUUUUACGUUAAGUAAUAAUAUGAAAGAUAUAAACUUAAUUGUGAGUAGAGUCACCUUUUGCGGAAUGUAGUCUGUUUUCAGCGAGAAUAAAUCAGGGCUUAAUGUGUUGACAAGCCUAGAAGUUUUUAAUUCGUAGCUUUUCUGAGCUAUCAAGAAUAGGAUGAGCCUAGUGGUGAGGGGUGUGGGUAGUUGUGUUAGGUGGUAUGUAUUCUAGUCCUUCCUCAUGUAUCCAAAACAAAAUAAAGACCGAAGAGUUUUUGUUGUUAUUAUUGUUUGCUUAACUGAGCAACCCUUCC